UUAUGUUACAGCGGUUUAGCAGGGAAGUCUGUUACUGGGUCUGUUGCAGUUCUGCUGAAAUUCACAGAUUGUCUGAUUUUAAAACUAAUUGUUUCUCCGGUUUAUCUGCAGGCUCGUUUGAUCCUGGUGAUGAGUGUGAUUGCAGUCCUGUCUGUGAAUAUGGUGACAGCCAACAUGUUACUGAGUGUCUUCUUUCUUUCAGGUGCUUUGGCUGAUUGUCCUCAGAAGUCAAAGCUCUUCAUUACUGCACCAAAGAAGAUGGAAGCACUGCGUGGAUCUUGUUUGCAAAUCCCAUGUAACUUUAGAGCUAAAUCAGAACAAGAGUUUAACAGCAGCAGAGAAACCUUUGGAGCGUGGAUUAAAACUGACCCCAGAUUUGGCCUCUAUCCAAACAAUGAGAUUUUCAACAGUAGUAAGACAGUUAACACGUAUCCAAUGAAUAUUACUGGAAACCUGAGUCAGAAAAACUGCACCACUCUGUUUUCCAGUUUAAUCACAAGUUAUACAGACAAAUACUACUUCAGAAUCAUGAACUGGCCUUUCAGAGCAACAGCUGAUUGUGAUCCUCUUCAAAUAACAGUUAAAGAUUCUCCUCCGAGCCCCACAAUUGAGAUCUCAGGUGAUCUGAAGGAGAAGCAGUCUGUCACUAUAACCUGCUCAGCUUUCACUCCCUGUCCACACUCCCCUCCUAAACUCACCUGGAAUCUCCAACAAGACUCUCACAACCAAAUAGAGGAAAACACAGAUGGAACCUUCACAACUAAAAUCCAGGAGAGCAUCACUCUGUCAGACCAACAUGAUGGAUACAACAUCACCUGUUCUGUCAGAUAUCCUGUGAAUGAAGGAAAAGAUAACAAGACAGCAGAGGAGAGAAAAACUCUCAGUGUUUCAUAUGCUCCUAAAGACACCUCAGUGUCCAUCAGUCCAUCAGGUUUGGUGUCAGCAGGUAGCUGGGUGAACCUGACAUGCUCCAGCAGAGCCAAGCCUCCCGUCAGCCGCUUCACCUGGUUCAAGAACAGCAAAGAUGGACCCAUGAUUGUAUCUGAAGGACCGUUUUACAGUUUCAAUGUGACAGAUGGAGGAGUUUAUUACUGUGUGGCUACAAAUGAUCUUGGUAAUCAGUCGUCAUCAUGGAUUCAUUUAAACAGUGCAGAUUCUCCUCCGAGCCCCAGAAUUGAGAUCUCAGGUGAUCUGAAAGACGAUGAGCCUGUCACUAUAACCUGCUCAGCUUUCACUCCCUGUCCACACUCCCCUCCUAAACUCACCUGGAAUCUCCAACAAGACUCUCACAACCAAAUAGAGGAAAACACAGAUGGAACCUUCACAACUAAAAUCCAGGAGAGCAUCACUCUGUCAGACCAACAUGAUGGAUACAACAUCACCUGUUCUGUCAGAUAUCCUGUGAAUGAAGGAAAAGAUAACAAGACAGCAGAGGAGAGAAAGACUCUCAGUGUUUCAUAUGCUCCUAAAGACACCUCAGUGUCCAUCAGUCCAUCAGGUUUGGUGUCAGCAGGUAGCUGGGUGAACCUGACCUGCUCCAGCAGAGCCAAGCCUCCCGUCAGCCGCUUCACCUGGUUCAAGAACAGCAAAGAUGGACCCAUGAAUGUAUCUGAAGGACCGUUUUACAGCUUCAAUGUGACAGAUGGAGGAGUUUAUUACUGUGUGGCAAUGAAUGAUUUUGGUGCUCAGGCAUCAUCAUGGAUUAAUUUGAACAGUGCAGUUAAUCCAGAGUUUGGGGUUUUUGUCUAUGUGAAGAUCCUGGGAAUCGUAAUGCUCUGCAGUACAAUCAUCAUCUUUGAGUGAUCAAAAUUCUGCAACAAACCAGUGAAGGACGCAGUAGAAGCAGACGAUGUCAACAGAGAGACUGAGAUUGAAGCUUCAUGAAGGAGAAGGGCAAGAGGUCAUGUUCACCAUAAAGGGAAAACAUGUCUCAUUCCUUUAAUUCUAAAAUAUUCUACAGUAUUACUUUCAUGUUCUUGGUUUACUCAACAAUCAUAUUAUGGUGCAGGAAUGACUUAAAUAAAUAUAACUUCUGGCUGAGCUAUGA